UCCGCACGCCGUUCGCCGCGGGAGUCAGAACGGCAUCCGAGCAGCAUCCAAGAGUACCGACGGUCCGGGAACACACCACACGCACUGUCCUCAGUUUAGUAGCCUAAUGGCAACGGAGGACAAAGGAAAAACGGCGGCGCCUCAGGGUUUACCGGAAAUAGAAUGCCUUUCAGGAACAAUAACAACACAUAGCAAUCUAAACAACAAUAACAACAACAAUAACAACAACAAAGACAACGAGGGAAGCGAAGGAGCCACGACGGCCACCUCGACAGCUGUUGAAUCCACCGGCGCUGAAAAUAUCAUCGGGAACGGUUCAGCUGUCAACACCACCGGAGGAAAUAACGGCAAAUGGGUCCGUCUCAACGUCGGGGGGACGGUUUUUCUCACGACACGACAGACGCUGCUAAAGGAACAAACUUCAUUUCUGUACCGACUGUGUCAACAGCAGGACUUGCAUUCAGACACGGAUGAAACUGGUGCUUAUGUGAUCGACCGAGACCCCACUUAUUUUGGUCCCAUACUCAACUAUCUGCGACAUGGAAAGCUGGUUUAUAACAAGGAGCUGGCAGAAGAAGGUGUGCUGGAGGAGGCAGAAUUCUACAACAUCACACCGCUGAUUAAAUUGAUCAAAGAGAAGAUUCUUGAACGCGACUCAAAGGCCACGCAGCAGGUACCGCCGAAACAUGUGUAUCGGGUGUUGCAGUGUCAGGAAGAGGAACUGACCCAGAUGGUGUCCACCAUGUCGGACGGCUGGAAGUUUGAGCAGGUCAGCGUGCGAGCCUGCCGAAAACCCCGCCCCGGACUGCUCUGGACUAUGGUGAACAUAGGCUCAUCUUACAGCUACGGAACCGAGGACCAGGCUGAAUUUCUCUGUGUGGUGUCAAAAGAGCUGCACACCUCGGCUGGAGGUUUGGGGACCGAGCAGAGCCACAAAACUAAGACGUCGGACACACAGGAGGAGGAUGGAGCGAGGGAGGAAGAGGAGGUGGAGGAGGAGGAGCGGGAAGAGGGAGAGAGAAAUUCAACCCCCAAUGAGUGGAUUAGAGAUUAGCAGAAACUUGAGUCAAAGGAAUUGCUGUUCCAGAUCCAUGGGUCCCGGAUGUAGAAUACAAAGAACUUUAUUUUUCUAGAUAACCAUUUUCACAUGUGCUCAUGAUGCUGUUUUUAUAGCCAUACCUUUUUUAGAUCUGGUGACUUUAACGGGUAAAACAAGACCUUCACAACCAGCAGCAAAAAAAUUCAAUUAAAAAAUUCAAUAAAAGGCACCUAAGAUAUUAGGAAAAGACACAGUUAUGUAGAAAGUUAGCAACUUAGUACAUGACCUGUUACCAAAGAGUGCAACCUAGUUAUUUAUGGGAGAUUCAAGUUAAAAUCAUGCAUAUAAACAACUUGGGAUUGGUCAGAAAUAGAAUUUGUAAUUAAUAAUAUAAAGACUGUGGAUAUGAGACUGCAUUUACUGUUUAAGUUUUACACAUUUACUGUGGUAGAUGCGCAGACCAUGUCCUGUUCAUCUAGCAUCAGCUCUGGGUAAAGUGCCAGCAGCUCCAGGCUGGCAGACCACCAGCGGUCCACUUUACCCCAUUUACAAUCUGUGGCAGUUCAUUUCGAUAGUGCUUGGCGCCGGCUAGAAGGUCAUGAUUUCAUUGGAGGUCGCUGGGAUAUAAUAGGGCUCCUGAACGUUUUGGUUAUGUUUGUAUGCUAUUUGUGGAUUUUGAAUAGGUCCAGUUUACUUAUAAUGAAGUUAUUUUAUUUUCAGCUAACAUGCUUAUACUGUCACUUCUGUGGAAGAGAUAGUUCAUCCAAAAAUGAAGAUUUAAUCACCAUUUGCUCUCACUCUAGUUGUUACAAAUCUUUGAUUUUUAUUUUUUUUUUUUGCUGUUGAACACAAAAAAAGAUGUUUAGAAAAAUGUUGGAAACUGGAUUCCAUCCAAAGAUACGAUGAGAUUUAUGUGCAAACCUGGAAAAUCACAUAAAACAUUUGCGAAUAAAGUCAAAGAGAAAAAAAUCAUCACUUCCUGAUAAACUGAUAAAGAGACAAAGGGAAUUUUCUUGGUUGGGAAAAGCCACCGUGAGCAUUUUUUCUUAUACAGUUAAAGUCAGAAUUAUCAGCCCCCUGUUUUUUUUUCUCCAAUUUCUGAUUAACGGAGAGACUAUUUUUUUAAGCACAUUUUUUUUGUGCAAAUUCUUUAUCUUUGCCAUGAUGGCAGUAUAUAUAUAUAUAUAUAUAUGUAUAUGUGUGUAUAUAUAUAUAUUAUAUUAUAUUUUACUAUUUAUUUUUCAAGACACUAGUAUUCAGCUUAAAGUGACAUUUAAAGGCUUAACUAGGUAAAUUAGGUUAACUAGGCAGGUUAGGGUAAAUUAGGCAAUUAAACUAUCAUUGUAUAAUGAUUGUUUGUUCUGUGGACAAUUGAAAAAAAAAUUAGCUUAAAGGGGGUAAUAAUAUUGACCUUAAAAUGGUUUUUAAAGAAUUAAAAAGCCAUUAACUUUCUCCAGAAGAAACACUAUUUUCAGGCAUACUGUGAAAAUUGAAAAUUUCCUUGUUCUCUUACACGUCAUUUGGGAAAUAAUUAAAAUAGAAAACAUUUUUUUAAAUUAAUUAAUAAUUCUGACUUCAACUGUUUAUCAAAUUACUCGAGGCUCAGAAGAUGAAGACAAAACACAAUGAAUGUGCAAAGGCUUUUAGAGCUGCAAUACCACUCUGUAGGAGUGCAGAUUCUCAAGACGCUUCUGGUAGGUAAUAAUAACAAACCACUUUGAUGGGUCUUUGGGUAAGGCACUUUAGAAUGACCAAAACAACGUUUCUGAUGUUUUACAGCGAUCAGUCUGCUAGUUUGUCCAAUAAUGACACCCUUAAUUUUUAUCACGAUUUCUUAAAAAAAACAAAAUGUUUUUAAAUGCCAUGACUUUUUGCAUACUGGAAUUUAUCCGCAAAUGUGUUUCUAUUGUAGUUUAUGCAUAUUUUUUCUUAUCAGAUAAAAUGUAUCCUACUCCGUUGUGCGCAUAUGUUGUUUUAAUGCUCAUUCUCAGAAUUUUUGCUCAUCUUGCUGUUUCCAUUAGGCAUUUGCGAUAUUCCUAAAUGCGCAUAACAAUAUGUGGAUAGAAACAUAGCUAGUGGCAUCCAGUAUAUGAAAAAAUACAAUCAGACGUCAGUGGCUACUGGUUUCCAACAUUCUUCAAAAUAUCUUCUUUUGUGUUCACCAUAAAGAAACUCAAACAGAUUUGAAAAGUAAGGGGUGAAUUGUUUAUUUUUGCGUGUACUAUCCUGUGAAGGUUGCAUUUCUUUUGAAGGAAGCUCCAUUCACACUACCAGUGACUUUGUAGCUGCUUUUCUCCCUGGGUGGCGAUUGAAGUCUCUAAUGGGCAUUCCCACCUUGAGGUUACUUUAGGUAAUGUUUAUGAAUGAUAUUUACAGACCGCUAAUGAGUUUUCUUGCAGCUGAAAAUAAACACUGGUUGGAAAACAGUAAAUAUAAACGGAAUCAGUACAUAAAAUGCUUAAUUGCAAAGAUGUAGGUCUACAGGAUGGAGAAUACUAAGAAUAUAUCUAAGAGAGGAUCACGUGAGCUCUACUGAUGCUCCCACUGGCUGUUUAAAGGCACUCUUUAUUUGCACCAAUAAUCGCUUGUGUUCGCGUAACCUGUGAUUGACCAAAGUCACAAUCUCGCCAUUGAAAUGAAUGGUUUCUUGUUGCUGGUAGUGUGAAUGGAGUUUAAGGCAAUCGGAAUUGUUCAAAUCAACAUGCCUCAAUUCUUCAACUCAAUCAAGCACCUUUAGCUCAAUUUAGCCUAGAGCUGUGUAAAAUUGUGAUUUGUAUGUGCUGUGGGCUGAUUUACAUGCCUAAGCUUAUUUCUUAAAUAUGUUGUAGUUUUGCACAAAUUUGCAUCAAUACUGUGCCCCUAAAAACACAUUUAUGUUCACUUCUGCCACAGUUAGCAUGACUGUCAUUGGAUUUAAUCACAAAAAGCAAACCAAGUAGAGUUUGUCAAUUAAAUGUAAUAAUGAGAACUGAUUAACGAGGGAAUUUCUAUUCACUGCAAUGAUAAGUUUGUUUUUAAAUGUGACUCAGGUGUUCAUGGUGACUUUUUGGGGCCACUGUAUAUUUUGGAUAGGCAAAAUGUUUCAGUCUUAAUUCAAUAACCGAAUUAUUAGUCAAAUUUGAGUUGAAAUGAUCUUUUUGUACACAGUAUCACGUUUAAUCUGAUUCUAAUGCAUUUAUACUGAGGAAAGAGGCAUUUGCAGCACAAUUUUGUUGUUCAGUAAGUUACUGGGUUGAUCGACUCUGCUACUGUCUUUAAGAACUGUAGGCAUAAAAACUAGACUGAGAAUAGUCAAAUGCAUGAAACGAAUAUCAUUUUCUCCAUUAACAAAUGUGUGUGUGUGUGUGUGUGUGUGUGUGUGUACAUGAUAGUAGAAGCAGCAGAAGUUUUUUGAUACAUAUCUUAUUGGUGUCAGUGCAGUACAGUAGUCUCUUUAAGCUUUGUACUGGGUGUGUUGAACAAAUUUUACUAUUGCUUUAGAUUUCAGAAAUGUGUUUUGCUUCUCAAGUUGUAUAUUUUAUGUGUUCAUUCUUAAGGCCUUGGAUUUUUUUGAUCAUACUGUGCCAUAUAUGUGUGUUUUUAUUUACUAAAUGUCAGAUUACCUUGUCAGGGCACAGGUCAUCUUUAGGUUUUUUAUACUGUAUAAAGUAUUUUCUUCUUUCUUUCUUUGUUUUUGGUUUGUGUGACAAUUUUCUUCAUUAUUUCUAAGCGGCUUGUAUGCCAUGUUUCCACUUUGAGCUUUUACAUAUUUAUUAACUGAAAAGGAAUAUGUUGUUUCGUUUUUUCAUGGUGUCGAAUUUUGUUAUUUAUUCAGUUUUUUCUUUAUAUAUGUACUUAUUUGUAAACUAUAAUUACAUCGUUUUUUUUAGAUUUGCAUUGAACGCACAGUAAGCCUGUUGAAACACUCCUCAAGUUCAGUAAUUGUCCUUUUAACUAAAGGGGAUUUGUUUUAAUCUGGCACAGACCCUUAGUAGUUUAUGUACACCAAAGAAAACUGGAUUAAUGUUUGAUUAUUUAGUCAGGAAAAUAUAUUUAGCAACGAAAACAAUCAUGAAGUCGAUGUUCAAGCAAGCAUUAUUGUGUAAAUAGUAACCAAAAUAAUUGAAAUAAAGUUGU